CAUGUAGGGACUUUUGUCAAAGGUGGUAAAUAUCUUCAUGACCAUUUACCUCUGGAGUUGUGUGGUACCAUUCAUAAGAUGUCUGGAUUUCGAAGAUGUCUCCUAACCUUCUGCAUUUUAGGAUACUUUUUCUGCUGUUCCACCGCUUGGUAUGUAAAGAUGCCAAGCAACAUCAAAGGACUGGUGGGUUCCUGCCUUGUCAUCCCGUGCAGUUUUGACUACAUUCAGUAUCCACCUCACAAUCCAGAUCGUGUGGUUUGGUACCAGUAUGUGAGCCGUGGAUAUCCUUUAGUAUAUGACGACUGGAACCCAAAUGAGGUCAUUAACAUAUUUAAAGGAAGAACACGUGUAUUGACUUCUAAACACAGGAAGAUAUGCAGUCUACAAAUCUCCCCAGUGAGCUGGUCUCACCACAGACAAAAGAUUUACCCCUGGGUAGAUCCAGAGAAUGUUGGGAGAAGCACCUAUCGAUUCUUUGAUACAACUGUAACAAUUGAUGUAGUGGGAAAACCAGAGAAACCGGAUAUUACGAUCUUUGGAAACAUGAAGGUUGGACAGUCCGUGACAGUGCAAUGCACUGUUUAUCAUACCUGUCCCUCUAAUGCACCCACUCUGAGUCUUAACAUUCCACUGCAAAACCCCAAAAUAACUCAUAGCCCAAUGUCUGAUGGCACAUCCAAAACUACCAUGAUGACCACAUUAAACAUAGACAACGACCACCAAACUGUUGAGUGCUCUGUCCGACACUAUGGCGGUCUCACUGCAACAGCCUCCAAAACCUUAAAUGCAGAAUGCUCCUAUUCACCUUUGACUAUCCAGCCUACAUCGAAUGAGUUUCUUGAGGGACAGGAAAGCAAAGUAACCUGCACUGCCUUAUACACAUGUCCAAAACAUAUACCAACUCUCACAUGGAACUAUGUUAGCAUGCCAGCCUCAAGUAAUACUGACAAGAUUGUAAAUGCUGAGUGGAGGACUGUCUCCACACUGACAUUCAAAGCAUCAGCCAGGGAUCAUGGAAAAUCUCUGACAUGCUCUGCACGAUUCACUGGGGGUGAGAGGCAGACAGUGAGCAUCACCCUACGGGUAAAGAGAAAUAUGCUUAAUCGUGGUUGGUCCUUCACCACCCCUCGCAGCACCACAGGCAUGAGAGGCUCAUGUAUCAUCAUUCCUUGCAGUUUUAACUACAGUACCUCCCAGCCUGCUGACCUCCGAGUUAUAUGGUACUUGUUCAAGAACAAUGAAUACCCUCCUGUAUUUGACCAAAGACAGACUGUUAUUAGUAAGUUUAGAGGUAUAACCAGCUUGAUUGGAUCUGUGGGGGAAGGGAAUUGUAGUCUCAAGAUUGAGAGGCUGGAAAUGUCGCACAACCAGGACAGACUUUACCCAUGGGUAGACAAGAAUGCUAUUACCUCCUUCCACACCUUAGAUUCCACAUUUUAUGAAAAAACCUCUGAACUCAUUGUCUCAGACCGUGCACAGGAACCGCAGCUUAGCAUCAUGGGUGUUCCCAGGGUGGGAGAGCAGGGCAGAGUGUCCUGCAAUGUGCACCACACAUGUAUCUCUGCUCCCCCCACCCUGACUCUAAGUGGUAUAUCUGGAACAGACAGCAUUAUGGAUACUCUGGUAUCUGAUGGGAUUUGGGAAAGGACAGUAGAGCGAAGCUGGGUUGUAAAAGAAGAGGACCAGAGCGUGAAGUGUACCGUUCGCUACCAUGGUGGUCAGGAAGCCACAAGUGAGCUCAGGCUGAAUGUUGAAUGCCCAUAUGAAAGAAUCACGAUUGAGAAGCCAGGCGAGGCAAUAGAGGGUGUGGCCAAGAGUGUCAUUUGUUCUGUUUCCUACAAGUGCAAGAAAAAUAAACCAACUAUUCUGUGGAACUACGAAGACAUGCAGAGUUCAUUACACACCAACAAGAGUUCCAGCAAUACCUAUACUACAGUGUCAAAUCUGACCUUUAUUGGCUCUCUUGGGGAUGACGGUAAAUAUUUGACCUGCACCGCUCAGUUCACUACUGGGGAGACCUCAGACUCUGCAACUCUUCAUAUAAAAAAAUAUAACAAACCACUUGAAGAAAUAGAUCCACAUGAAAAUGACAUGUCCUACGUUCUGGCGGCUGACGUUCCUUUCAGAUUCAGGGCCCUGACCCGCUCCUGUGUGGUGAUUCCCUGCAGCUUCCAGUACCAGGAAGAUGAGCCUCUCACACGUGGCAUCUGGUCCAAAAAAACUGGGGGCAUUGUCUAUCAUAACGCCCGGAGCCAAGUACUUGACCAUUUCAAAGACCGCACCAGAAUUUUAGGAGAACUGCAUGAGGGAAACUGCUCAUUAGAGAUUGAUGACAUCAAGCCCUUUGACAACGGGCCUUUUUGUUUCUAUGCAGAGAAAGGAAAUGACAAAUACAGAUUCAACAACAGCUGUGUUUUUAUUGUUAUGAAAGCUUCCCCAGAAAAACCGGUGAUGACCCAAGUUCCAACAGAAGUUGAUGCUGGCUCAACGAUUACUGUCUCAUGUUCUGUGACGCACACAUGUCCAUCACAUCCUCCAGAGUUCUCAUGGAGUGUCCCUAACCUCACCAGUGAGGUCAGGCACUCCUGGACGCAGCGGGGCAUCUGGGAGACCUCCUCCACUAUCACUUUCAUGGCCUCUGGAGGAGACGGGGACAGAAACCUGACCUGCACUGCCAUCUCCUGGCGUGGAAAGCAACAAGCUAACACAGUCAAGCUGACUGUGAAGGGAUCACUGAUGUACCAGUUAAGAAGCUCUCUCCCAGUGAUCAUUCCAGUCUCAGCUCUCCUCAUUGUAAUCAUCCUGGCUGCAGUGUUUGGAGUGGUCAUCUACAGGAAAAGGAAGCGUUCUGAUGACUCGCUGAGACCACCACCUCGACCAGAGAAAAGGAGAUCACUAUGGGAUAGAUUUUCCAGGAGAUACCCUGAAGACAGGGAGAGACCUCCAAGGCCUGAAAAACGGAUGUCCUUUUGGAACAGAAUUUCUCGUAGAGCAGACGAUGGGCGCGUCGGGUGGCAAAAUGAGAGGAGACCAAAGAGGUCAUUCUGGAACAGAUUUUCAAGACACCAAGGCAAUACUGCAGACGUCAGUGUUGGCUAUUUAAACAACACUCACACUGUAACCUGUGGCAAUCAAAUCUCCAAACAACGCUUUCCAUCCCCGAAGGAUAACCGGAGACAGAGGCAUGAGUUCUAGUGGGUAUGUAAUGACCAGAGGAACAGUGACAUCACAAACUAUUAUAUCCAUAAAGGAGGUGAGUUGUUGACCCAAAAAGGCAGAGAUGCUGCCUGACCCAAAGCUGAACCUCACCCAGCCAGAGGGGGGAAGAAAGUACGGACGCUGGUGCUUCACAGGAAGAACCAAAAGAGUUUUUGAAGGAGUUUGAAAUAACAUUACAAACUAACUUUCCCAGCUUUUAGACAUUGCUUUUGCCACAUGGGACCAUUUAAGUGCCAACUGGGACACUUUCCAGAGAGACAACUCUCUUCAAAAUCUCUGAUGAAUUAUGAAGUUGCCAUGGUAACCAAACCCAGGACUAAGCUGAUUCUUCUCCUGCAGUUUAUUCCACACACACAAACAGCCAAUCUGGACCCCCUUCCCCCCCCCCCUUCUUGUCUCAUCCUAAUGUGUACAAUCACCAGAGUAAGGACACUCUACACUGUUUUCAAAUCACCCUAAUCAAAAUGUAAACAAAAUAACAACUGAACGUUCAUCUGUGAAAUGUAAUUAUGAUAUUAAUAGUUCUAUUCUCAUACAGCCAUAAUUGAGAAAAUUAUGAACUCUGUGAAUCAGCUUCUUAUUCACUCUGCAACUACAUCACCAUCUAUGUGUUUGCAUUAAUUUGUCUUCUCUUGUAUCUUGUCUUAACCAAUCUUUCUUUCCCAAACUGAUAAAAGUGUGACAACUAAAUAGUUGAAUGCUAGUUAAAAUAUUAUUGCCUUUUGUGAAGGUAUUUCUUUAUUGUCCUGUAAUGUUAUAUUCUUGCAUUUGAAGUUAACCACGCUUUAGUUUGUUAGUUGUUUUUCAUGCAGUAGGUUCCCGGUUCAAAUCCAAGUCAUGACCAAUUACUUUACAUUGUUUUGCAGAGAUAAAAGUGACUGCCAAAUGAGUGGAUGUACUUUAAAAUAAUUUAAUAAGUCUUCCUUUCCUCCUUUAAAAACUUUCCUCUUCCUCCUAAAAGUAAAUUUAAGUGUAUAAACUCAUUAAAUCCUUGUGUAAGAAAAA